UUCCCUUCUUUUUAACACUGUGUUGGCAACACAUAUGUGCACACGCUGUUUAACUUUACAUGCGGUUCGUGUUUAAAGAGGCCUGACAAAGUAGGCUUGUUUAUUCACAUGAUGUAAACUAGUGUAGCCUACAUGUCAAAAUCGCCAUGUAUAAAGGACUGAAGUCUGUCAGGUAAUUGUAAUGAAAGAGCUCAGGCAAUCUUCCGUUUUAUUCCUCCUGGUCAGAGGCUUCCGUACAGGAAGUAGUUUAUAAAGUUGCGUUUCAAAGUUUAUUUAAACUUUGAAUGAACGUUUAGUAUUGCAAAGCAGAAAAAAAUAUUUGCAUAAGUUGUAACAUGUCACUUUGUCAAAACUAGGCAAUGAAAAGCUUGCGAGAUCUGCAACUAGCCUAUUAAACGAUCUUGGUAGAACAUGGAAAUGCCGGUGUUGUGCCAAAUUCUGACCCCCCUAGUAUUGGUAGGUUUAGGAGGAGUUUGGAUUAGGCCAAAAGGGGGUAAUAAAUUGGCAGGGGUCUAAAAUGGGCACAACACCUGCCUGGGAAUCGAUUCCAAAAACAGUUGAUUCCUCUUCGUUUUCGGUUCAGUAGAGCUGCUGGUCAAUUUGCUUCUUGAUCGCUGGGCAAAUGCUCCACAAGGAUUUGUUUGUGUGUGUGUGUGUGUGUGUGUGUGUUAAUUGGAGCUUUUAUUUUGAAGGGCGGGAGGAUGUGACAGAUGUUGGCGUAGCGUGUAAAUUGCUGUCAGGUGAGCGACCAGGAUCAGGAACGGUGUGUGUGGAGCACAGAGACCUUCUUCAUAAAGCCGCUCAGUUCAUGGAUAUUCCCCUCUGGACAGGUGGUGUGUGUAAGUCGCAGUGCGGGAGGCUCCUGAGCGAUCACCUGUGCCGAUUAGGACUUCCUCUCUUCAGCACGCGGGGUAAUCAGGAGGCCAGCAAUCCGGCGGACGCGAUGGCCCAGACUUACACCCCGCAGUUCGCGCAUCCCCCGCAGAACGGCAUCCCCGCCGAGUUCACCGCGCUUCCCACGCAAGACUACGCAGGACAGAACCGCGUCCCGGAUCACGGCCUGACGCUCUACACGCCAACACAGACCCACAGCGAUCUGGCCAACGCCGACAGCAACACGCCAGCCAUCAGCAGCAGCAGCAACACAGCACCGACGGAAGACGUGACGCAAACAGAAGUUUCCCAGCAGGUGCUGCAUUCAGAGUCCACGGAAAAACAGCAGCCCAAACGGUUACACGUCUCCAACAUCCCCUUCCGCUUCCGUGACCCGGAUUUACGGCAAAUGUUUGGGCAAUUUGGGAAGAUCUUAGACGUGGAGAUUAUCUUUAAUGAAAGAGGAUCAAAGGGCUUUGGCUUUGUAACUUUUGAAACGAGCACAGACGCAGAUCGAGCGCGGGAGAAACUAAACGGUACAAUCGUAGAAGGACGUAAAAUCGAGGUGAACAACGCCACGGCGAGAGUGAUGACGAAUAAGAAAGUAGUAAACCCGUACACAAACAGCUGGAAACUCAAUCCGGUGGUAGGAGCUGUUUACGGACCGGAGCUCUACGCAGUGACGGGUUUCCCGUAUCCCGCGGCAGGAGCGACGGUGGCGUACAGAGGCGCUCAUCUGCGGGGCAGAGGUCGGGCCGUUUACAACACCUUCCGUACAGCUCCUCCUCCUCCACCCAUCCCGGCGUACGGCGCGGUGGUGUAUCAGGACGGAUUCUACGGCGCGGAGAUCUAUGGUGGAUAUGCGGCGUACAGAUAUACUCAGCCUGCAACGGCUACAGCGUACAGUGACAGUUAUGGGAGAGUCUAUGCAACUACUGACCCAUAUCACCACACCAUCGGCCCGGCAGCCACCUACAGCGUGGGGAGCAUGGCGAGCCUGUACAGAGGAGGCUACAGCCGCUUCACGCCCUACUAGAGAGACUAAACCACUGAUUACGCAAACUAACACACAAAACCACUAGACUCGUUCUGCUACACGGAGUGUGCUUUCAAACUAAAAUGCUUCCAGGUCACCCAAUGACCUCAUCCCGACAACAUUCUCUCAAGUGGACAUUGUGGAAAUCAGUGGGAAAAUCAGAAGAGCAGCUCAAAUGUGGAGUUGAUGUCAGAUUUUUUGAUUUUAGACAUUUUUUAACGUCAACAGUUUUUUUCGCAUUUGUGUUUUGUCUGCAAAAGCAAGGACAGUGUUUCAAAAAGCAUUUUAAAAUGGGAAGAACGUGAACUAUUAUGUGGUCCUUCAGAUGAUUGUUUUUCAUUAUUGAUCAUAUUGUUAUGUAUAUAAGUGUCUAGUGUGAAUUCAGACAUGAGACAAAAAAUAUCUCAGGACUCUCUUCAACUUUUCUCUGAAUCCAAAACCACCCCAGCAGACAUUCAGAUAUAUAUAUAUAUAUAUAUACUUCACCAGAUAUUGCCAGCAUACUCUAUUCUCUGUGGUCUGAAACUGUGUUUGCUGUAUGAAUAAGCUGUUCUUGUUUAGUUGCUGGGGUUUUAUUUGAAGGGUUUCUAUGCAUGUUGUUUCAGAGAUGAGAGGACACGUCAUGUGUUCGGCCCUCUCACGUUUGCACUAACAGAUUUACCUCUGUACACAGUGGACAGAUUUAACUCAUGCUAGCUAAUGCUGAAUAAAUGUGUGAGAGUUUGUACAUUAACAUAUAAGGGAUUAAACCAUCAUUUCUUAUAUGUGACCCUGGACCACAAAACCAGUCUUAAGUAGCACGGCUGUAUUUGUAGCUAUAGCCAAAAAUAUAUUGCAUGGGUCAAAAUUAUUGAUUUUUCUUUUAUGCCAAAAAUCAUUAGGAUAUUAAGUAAAGAUCAUGUUCCAUGAAGAUAUUUUGUAAAUUUCCUACUAUAAAUAUAUCAAAAUUUCCUUUUUGAUUAGUAAUAUGCAUUGCUAAGAACUUCAUUUGGACAACUUUAAAGGCGAUUUUCUGAAUAUAUAGAUUUUUUUGCACCCUCAGAUUCCAGAUUUUCAAUUAGUUGUAUCAAAUAUUAUCUGAUCCUAACAAACCAUACACCAAUGGAACGCUUAUUUAUUCAGCUUUCAGAUUAUGAAUAAAUCUCAAUUACCAAAAAUUUACCCUUAUGACUGGUUUUGUGGGUCACAUAUAGAAAUAUUGCAUAAAGUAAUUUUAGAAGUUAACAUAGAGACUUUGGGAGCAAUAUGAUUUUCAAAGAAAUGACAAAUAAUUAGAUUCAUGAAAAUAUAAGUAAACUUAUUAAGACAUGGUGGGAUUUAAAGAGAUAUGCAAACAAAUAAUAUAAUAAAAUAAUAAUAACUAGUUAGACUUUAGAAAAUACAUAAAGAGACAUGGGGAGAUUGAGGGAGAUAUACAGAGAAAUGUAAAAAUAAUAAUAAUGAUAAGGUGACAUGGGGAGAUUUAAGGAGAUUCACAGAGAAACUGAAAAAAGUAUAAAUUAUUACGCUUAAGAAAAUAUGCAAGGAGACAUUGAGAGUUUAAGUGGACAUAGAGAUGUAGGGGAACACAAGAAACAGUUACAUUUAAGGCUAAAUCUGUUUUCUCAAAAUUCAUUUUCUCUCUUUCUCUCUCUUCAGUUGUACCAACAUACACCAAACUUAGCAGUUUUAUUCCUCUCUAUAUUCUGAAGGUUUUUAUAGAGGGGUUUGUUCAUACAUCAUUCGCUUGAUUUCAUUAUUGCACUAUAACUAUUUAUGCCUGUAGAUUUCAAUUACAAUACAUAUAUUUAAAGGCCGUUUUCUCAAAAUGAGUUUGUUUCUCCACUUCAGUAGUACUGAAAUAUACCAAACUUUACAGUUUUAUUCCUAUCUAUAUUCUGAUGAUUUUUACUGAGGGAUUUCUUCAUAUAUCAUUCACAAUGAUUUAUAUACCAUUUUAUUUCUAAACGCAUGCUAAAAGCGUAUUUUUUUCUGUCCGUUGACUGUAUUUCUUCAUCAAUAGCACUUACAUAUACCAAACUUAACAGUUUUAUUCCUGUGUAUAUUCUGAAGGUUUUUACAGAGGGUUUUGUUCAUACAUAAUUAACUUUUUUAUUAUUGAACUUUAUCUAUUCGCGUCUGUAGAUUUCAAUUAUAAUACAUAAAGGCCGUUUUCAAAAUGAGUUUGUUUAUCCACUUUAGCAGCACUCAUGAAUACCAAAUUUUACAGUUUUAUUCCUAUCUAUAUUCUGAAGAGUUUUAUAGAGGGGUUUGUUCAUAUGUCAUUUGCACUGACAUAUAUUACAUUUUAUUCCUAAAACAUGAUGGAAAUGUCUUUUUUUCUGCCUGUUGGCGGUAUUUUCUGAUUUAUAGAGUGAUAAAAAGAGAUAUUAAAAAACCCUUCUGUAAAAACCUUUAACUCUAAUAUGUCAACAAAAUCAAACCGAAAAAAUAAAUCUGGCUUUAUCCACAUUUUUUGCAAAUUAGUGCAUAUUUAAUUAGAAAAUGCCUCAUUUGCGUAUUUAAACGAAACAUUUCUGAAAACUUAUAAUACAACACAGUUUUCUUAAUGUACUGUGUGCAUGGGUGAUAUAUUAGCUCACAUUUUUACUCGGUUCACCUGUAGUGUCUUGCCUUUAUAAAACAUACUGAGACACAGCGAGGCAUAAAGAAUCAUAGGGAAGUAUAAAGAAACCUAAAGAGAAAGGAAAGGAGAGAAGCUGUCUGCUGAGAGUUUCUUGUCCUCAUCAGAUGUCAUGAGAAGGUCCUGCACUUCCUUUUCCUUUCCAUACAUUCAAUCUGAAUGCAUUAAUGAUUAAAUGUGAAUCAGUUCGGUCUCUACCUCACUGAUUCAAAUGCAAAACAUGGAUAGAGACCUUAAGUAGUGUGACAUUUGUUAAUAAUUAAGAUAGAAACUCUCAAGAUCACAUCCCUGAGCUCAUGUUAUGAUACUUUGGACUGAAUUCAGCUCCCAUGCACUGUAAAAUGUCAUUUGAUUCACAUAAUUAGGGCUAUAUCCUUAAGGUGUACGUUGAAACUUAACUUUGAGUGAUGUGACUCAUGCAAAAGGGCCUUUGCUUAAAAUAAGUGUAGUAAAAGUUAACAGUGUUUACACCCAAACAUAUCAGCAGAAACUUUAAGGACAUUUGGUUCCUCUUCUCCUUUUCUUCCCAGAUCUGCUGCAGAUUUUUGCAUCUCUUAAAGUCACUGUCACUGGCUUUGUUUUAAAAAUUGCAUAUGCUCUUUAGGGAAACUGCAUCAAAGUAUAAGAGAAUAGUUUACACUCCAGCAUAAAACAUGUUUUUGCACUGAAUCACAGUAUAUGUAAGUUUCCAGCAGACAGCUGCUCUGUGUUUUUCUCUCUGUAUCUGCUGCACUUUUAUUCUGCUUUGACCUGUUAAGGCUGCUGCUGCUGCUGAUGUUCAACCAGAAAGAGCCUCUGUGAAUGUGAAAGAUGUGAUUUGUUGUUUUAUUUCCACUGUUUCGACUCAACAUUAAUGUACAAAGAACCAGCAGACGGAAAACUAUACAUAUGACAUGUGUUUGCUAAUUGUUUUAAUGUAUUAUUAAGUACAUGAGGGGUCAAAUAAUUAUUCUGCAGCUCAUAAAGUCGACAUAUCAGCACACGAAUUGAUAUGAUUAUUACUCACGUCUAUGAAGUCUUCAGGUCUCGACUCAUUCAGACCAGCAUGUUUACCUGCUGUUUAAGCAAAAAAAUAAAUAACAAUAACAACUAAAUAAAUAAAAAUUAAAGACACUUAGAGUUGGAAAAAAGAAAAAGACAAAAAGCAAAAAAGUUUGUAAAUACAUGUAUAUAUACUUCAUAAAUAUCAGAUGAUUCUCUAUAAGCGUUUCAAUACACUUGUAUAAUGGAUUUUAUGUGUCUGAAAUGUUUUAUUCUUUAGACUCUAUGUAAUUUAUUUUUCAUUUGUUUUUGUCUGAGAUUUUUGUCAAAAGUACUUUUGUUUGAUAUAUUUAACACUGUAUAUG